AUGUCUAUGUUCAAAGAGCGCACUGACAGGGAGGACUUUAUAAGUCAAUUGUAUCAGUUGGCAGCGUGGAAGGGCUACUCUCGCUGCGUAUCAUUACUGGCGGGCGCCGGCGCCGAGCUGCGCGCGCGCAACGCGGGCGGAUUCGUGCCCCUGCACCUCGCCUGCCAGAACGGGCACAACCAGUCCUGCCGCGAGCUGCUGCUGGCCGGCGCGCCGCCAGACUUGCAGAACAACUAUGGCGAUACAUCCCUCCACACGGCGGCGCGGUACGGUCACGCGGGCGUCACCAGAAUCCUCAUCUCGGCGCAGUGCCGCGUGUGCGAGCAGAACAAGAAUGGCGACACCGCACUGCACAUCGCCGCCGCCAUGGGCCGCCGCAAGCUCACGCGCAUACUCCUCGAGGCCGGCUGCGACAAGGCACUCAAGAACCACCAGGGAGAAACCGCCCGGGACAUCGCCACCAGAAAGGGUUUGGACGAAAUCAUCAACAUCCUCAACACACCAGUAGCCAAACAACCCAAGAAGAAAGACAAGCGAGAUAAAAGCAAGGAGCGCAGCGUCGACGAACCCGACGACGCGAAGAAGAAAGGCAAAGACAAGAAAAAAAAGAAUGUUCACUUCGAACAACAACCCCAGAAUGUACAGUGGUCGCCGUACGGCUGCCACUACUACCCGGAUCCGAAAUAUUUCCCGAAACCGAAGCUGAGCUCGCUCCCCACCGAACCCUUGAAGAAAGGCGAGCAAUAUUACUUGGAUCUCGCAGGAAAUAUCAAGAAGGGACCCAUUGGCGCCGGUUACACGUGCUAUUGUGCUCCGUUCUUCAAACACAUGGAAGAUAAACUGAACGAAGAUAAAAAAGAUUUAAAGAGGCACAUAGACCGAGCUCACGAAAAGAUAGAUCAGAAAGUAACAGAUUUGGAAAUGAAGACGCAGGGUCAAAUUUCAGAACUGACGAGGUUCGUCGCUGCCGAAAGGGCUAUGUGUAAAGAAAGGCACCAACAUCUAGAACACUGGUUGACGCGUGGUAUGAAUUUCAGAGCUUCCGAAAGAGUGAGAAAACUCGAUUUUAGUCCCAAAGGCUCUUUGGACAUCCCUCCAUUGAAAAGAACUAGAAGUUUAGAACUCCUCGAUGCACAUACAGAAGAAUGGAAUAAAGUAAACAGGCUAAUAAAAGACUUCAAUAAAAAUUCUGAACAUUAUGAUAGUAAUGCCAAAGACUUAUAUGAGAGUAAAGCGACGUCGAAAAGUACUGAGGUUUUGGAUAGCAUAAGAUCACCUCCAUCUCCGAGGCGGAAACAUAUACUUAAAAACUCCAGAAGCACAGAUCAGUUGGACGCCGGUCCGAGCACGAGUUCACGGUCUCCUCAUAUGUUAGCAUCUCAUACAAAUGCAGUCCUUGAUAAUCAUGUGCAAAACGUUACAGCCGAAAUUCACGUCAAAGCCAAUAAAAUUUCUGUUUCUCAGUCUCCUUUAUCAAUGGAAGUACAAGACCAUAAUGAAAGAUUUGUGUCACCUAGUCGUCAAAUAAAUGUUAUGUCCCCCAGUAGCAGCAACAGACACUCUGAUUACAAGACGAGUGAUUCUGAUGGAGAUAAUUUACAUAGAACCCAAAUAGAGUGUCCUAGAGAUGUCCCAGUUUGGAAAAGCCAAGUUCUUCAGAGAACAGCAGAUGACAUUCGAAAAAGAGUCAUGUUGGAGAAAGAAAUGUCAGACGUAAUAGGCAGAAACAAUAACAAAACAUUGGAUAUAGCCCAAGACGGUUACGUCAAACUACGUAAACAAGGUAACUGUACAAGAGAAGAAAAUAAUAUAGUCAGAGAACCCAGAAAGUCUGUGCAAGAAUUAGUAGCGCAGGUAGAACACAAACAACAGCGAUGUAAAUCUCCUGAAACUAUACCUUUACCGAGAAGAAUGUCACCCGUACAAAUGUGCGAGGAGCCAAUUCAGGCUCCCGUUCAGGCCUGUCCCGGGAUACUGAAGAUGCCGCAGCAACCUCAACGACCAGCCCCCGUGCUCAAAGAGAAACCACCGAAAAGCAAACGCUUUAGCUUGCAUAACCUCAUACCAUUCCCAACGAGAAAGACUUUCCAAACUCCACCGAAGGAUAAUGGCAACAAUUCCGAGAGCAGUGACGAAGAAGACAAUCCGAUAAGGACUACAAACCAACCCGGCCCCAUGAGGAACACAAACCUUCUGCAAACAUUACCGAUGCCAAAUUUCGAAACGAUGUCCAAUAAAUCUCCUUCGCCAGCUCCGCAAGUACAAAGUCAAAAAAAUCCUUAUCCUCACGACAUAAGGGCAAUACCUAAAGACGCUUAUUUUCAUGAUAUACCUAACAGGCAGGUCCACCAUCAGAUGCCUUACAGGGAAAUGGUUGAAAACGGUCUCCCUGUGCCGCAAUGCAAUCCUUGUCAAACCAAUCGGUACGAUUACAAUGAAACGGGGCUACCUCAUGCACCGGUUCAAGGUCGGAACCGAAACCCUUUGUAUCAUCACCAGACUGGAGUAUUUGACGCGAUGAUGCAAGAUCACAUUCUCAGAGAGAUGGAACGUAUUCCACAAUGCUACAGCGACCACUUGGAUCAGAACACUGAAAUUGAAAUAGCUAACCAGAAUGAUCAAUUUCGAGGUGGUUACUACGGUAACCGUUCACCAGUGUACCCGAACUUUAGGGGGAAUUCGCAUGGAGUGAGGAAAGCUGCAGACCACAAUUUACUGCACACCCGUCUGCAGUCCUUGGCUAUAAACACCCAUCUCACCGAAACUCAAAGCCAAACGGACAGAGAAUCUCAUAACGACUCAGGGUACAGUACGAAGGUAUACGGUAGUUCACAGGGACCUUCGCCGAGUCUCUCUGGCCAUGUGGAAUGCUCAGCGUCAGAUAACUUAUCUGGACAGAGAAUAGAUGUUAUGUCAGGUGGAAAAAUAGGCACGCAGAUUGGUGCUUCUAGCUUGGUGUGAAAUUAAUCGUGUAAAUGUGAUAAUAUUGUGCCUUUGUGAAACACUUUUAUGAUGCUCGCACAUGCCAAAUAAUGCAUGCACAUUUAAAAAGUUAGUAACCUACAUAAAUAAUAAAACAUCAAUAGCAAGUCUAAUAGGACGUUAGCCGUCUCACGAGCACGGUAAAAAUUUUAUGUUAUUAUCUACAAAUCUUUGAUACGAAAGAAUAAAUUCACAUUCCUUUGUAAAAAUAAAAAAAACAAAGUGUCCUUGAAAUAAGCAACAUAUUAUAGUUAAGCUUGUACCUAUACAAAAAUAAAAAAGGGCCACGAGAUGAACCCUGAAGUAUUCCAUAUUUGCAGUUAACCCUGUGCCCUCACUUUAACCAUUCUUAGAGAAUCCAAUAACUAUAUAGUAAUAAACUAUAACAGUCAAUGGUCCAGUAGACGCACGGUUUAAUAAAAAAAUCAUUAGUAAAUUACGUUAUAUCCAUGGAAUCAAAGGCUUUACAAAAAUACAGUAAAAUGCAUCAACAAAGGCUUCCCACCAUUUUAAACACAUAAAUAACAUUUAGGCCUUGAAUUGAUAAGGGAUUAGUUGUUCAAGUUGGUAAAUUUGUUUCUACCACACUCUUUACUUAUUGAAAUCUAAGUCAUAAUCACAUUUCACAAAUCUGAUGUGGAUUCAUUGUUUUAUUCACGUAGAAAUUAAAGUACAAAAUACUCAUGUUUUAUACUCACAACCUACACUUAACUAACAUUGUAGUCUAAAUAAAAAAAUAAGUACAAAUCUUUGUUUUAUAAAUAUAAGGAUGCCAUGCCACAUAAUGUUAUUAUUAAGUAGAAUUUAAUAUUUAAUUAUAUGAUAAUUUAGGUAUCAGUAUCUGUUUGGGUAUCUUAAGGCUAUUGUGAAAUAUUUUAACAUUCACAUUAGUAUUUAUGCUCACUAUUUUUUUUAAUUGGAUUGUCAUUAUGUCAGUUUUGUGUAUUUUCGCAUAUUUUGUAAUUGCAAACAAUAACCCAUUUUAUUGUUAAAACCGGAUAUUUGUUCAUAAGUGACUGUCAGUAGUAACUAAUUAUAUAGAAAUAUAAUACUUGAUCAAACAAAGCUUUACAUUAUUUUCUCUAUCUAAUAACGUGUUUGGAUUUAUUGUAAUUAGUCGUAAGUUUUGUAUGUUCUAUGUAAAAAUAUAACAUAUUUAUUGAUUGUGUUACACUAUGUAAAAUAUUUUAUAAUGCAUUGAUAAUUUUGUAAUUAUUGAUAAUAAUUCUAAUAAAAUUGCACUUUUCAAGUGUCACAAACUAUUAUA